AUGCCAUUACAAACCCAUAUUCAUAUCUCCAGCGAGCAGGGGUUGUCCAGCAUCACCACUCUGAUCGUGGGCAGCAAGAGUGCUGCCCUCAUCGAUCCUCCCUUCUUGAUUCCCGAUGCCAAAUCCGUUGUUCAAUGGAUAGAGAACACAACAUCUCUGCCACUAAAAGCAGUGUUCGUGACUCACCACCAUCCCGACCACUUCUUCUCCGCCAAUCCCAUAUUGGAAGCCUUUCAGGAAGCGAAAUUCCUGACCGCACCAUAUGUCCGCGCGGGCAUUGAUCGCGAGUAUGACGAAAAAGUCAAGUACUGGCCUUCGGUGAUGGGAAAGGAGAUGGUGCCCGAGAAGCCAAGAAAGCCCGACGUGUUUGAGCAUAGCUUUUUUGUGCUUGAUGGAGAUGAACAAUCGCCCAUCUGUCUGCUUGGACCGGUACAAGGUGACUCAAUUGAUCAGACAUUAUUCUGGUUGCCAACCGAGAAGACUGUCGUUUGCGGCGAUGUGAUAUAUGCUCGGAGCACCCACGUCUGGGCUGCCGAGAUAGAAACACCACAGAUCCUGCACGCUUGGCAGAAGUCGCUUGACCUCAUAGCAUCUCUAAAUGCUACCAAAAUUAUCCCUGGGCAUUUGGAGAAAGGUUGGGAGAUGGAUGGUCAAGCUGAUCUUGAACACACUCGCAAGUAUCUCCAGCUCUUCGACGACCUUAUCCAGAAUUCUUCUCAGAAGCACAAGGUUGACGAGUUAUACCAAAAGUUCAAGGAAGCCUUCCCAGAAGCUGACAAGAAUCUUGAUUUCUUCCUUGGUCAAUUAAGCAAUGCAUUCGGCGAGGGCGGCCAGAAGUGGGAAGAGAACAGACAUCACAUGGUCGACCAGCGUACAAAAGAGCAGCUUGAAGGUUUCAUCAUAUGA